AUUGGGCAGAGCGGGAGCCAGUUUUGUUCGCUGGGUUGUGUCAAAAUGUGUGCCCUUGUCAAAUAGAAGUACGACCAUCACUAACCGCCAUUUUCAGCACUGUUUGAAACUAUCGACACGAGUUAGCCAAGUGCUCUUUGAAUCGAAAAAAUCAAACCUCCUCCAAAAAAAGGGCGCCAACCCUCACCGCACAGCGCAAUGUGUGAUAAUAACGUGAUCAUCGUGUGGAACGGUUUCACCGAGCAUGUAUCGGGCGUGUUUCGCACCUUCCGCCACGAAACUGCCCUGCAAGACGUGAUCCUAUACUGCGAGGGACAGUUUAUCAACACCCACAAGCUGCUGCUGGCGAGCUGCAGCGAAGUCUUCCGGCGCAUCUUUCUAGAGCGCGCCAAUGCGUACCAUCUCAUCCGAUUGAUCGGCUUCCGGUACGUCGACGUGUCCCUGCUGCUGGACUUUAUGUACGAAGGAGAGAUGGCACUGUCGCAGGAACAGUUGCCCUCGUUGAAGCAGGCGGCGCUCAGGUUGGAAAUUAAGUCCCUAGCGAACUUGGUCACGUCACCGGAAAGGGUAUCGGAACAGGCGGACGAACAGGAUACGAUGCCUUCGGCCACCGCCACAACGGACAAUAAUCUCGAGGUGGCCUCCGCGGGAUAUGUGUCUCCACUCGAGUUGAUGGCUGCCGUAGCCACCUUGCAACAGGAAGAUACGGCUUUACUGAAUAAUGAUUUAUUAGUAUCUUAAGUAAAAUCCAAAUUUAAUUUGAUGCUUGGUAAAAGUAGCGACACAUAACAUACACGAACAGGACAUGACAUUAAAAAAUACUUUCUCAGUUACAAGAUCAUCUAACAACAUCCGGACAUCCCCUCCAGCUAGAACUUGCCAUUUAGCAUUCAACUUGAACUCCAAAAGGGGCAUCAUCGAUUAACUUGAAAGCUCCCCAAAUAUCCCGAGGUGCGCUGCAGUAACAAGUGUGGCGGCAGCCAAACGAAAGAAAACCCCCGCCGGAAAGCUCGAAAGGUCCUUGUACUUACGUUACCCUUGUAACUCUCCGUUUUUCAUCUCUUUUCCCGGGUGAGGUGCACCAUCGACACGACAGCCACGUGCUGCUGUAUAUAUAUGUACAGACACAGCUCCUCUUUGUAUUUCACGCGCCACAAAAACGAUCGAAACCGGCAAAAACCCAGACGCCGGUAUCCUUCCUUCCCCCCUCAAAAGGAAACCACGGGUAAGGAGGGGAAGAGAAUUACGCAUCGCACGCCAUAAUUUCGGGGUGGAAAUGUUUUGUCUGGGCCCUGUCUCAGACAGACCGAAGCGAAAGCUCGUAACGCCCUUUUUAGUCCUCCGGUGUGGAUGUAUGUGUGUGUGUUUGAGGAGGGAAAGUUCAUUGACGUACCAUUUUGGAGUUCGCUUGGCAAUGAAACUCAUUUCUUUUUCUAAUCAUGUUAGAAUGGAUUGACGGAGACAGGAAGUACGAUGGGUAGCUUCGAGUGACAUUAACCAUUUAUAAUGCAGUAAAUUUACACCAGACAGGGUCCGAGUAUAUCGGGUCAGCUAUCAUCAGGAAAGAGGCCGAGAUGCAUUUAAAGUUAACUGGCCAUUCUGUACAAAAGUGGAAUCUAUUAGCUGAUUUUCUUCAAUCAAUAUGGACAAUUUGUUUUGCUACCUUGAUUUUACAAAACAAUUGACAAUAACGUCACUCAAGUUUAAUAAAUUCAAAUCAUUUCACUACAACCAACCGAUGCGCCUGAACUCGUCGCGUACAAAGUGACUAAAAAGCGCAGCUAAAAAGUAAAAAGUUUAAAAAAAAAUCAUAAAUGGUACUGAAAACUUAAAAUAAAAUCGUCUCGGUCGUCAUACAAGCCCAUAAAUCAUCCGUGCACGGGGUGCGUCAGACAGCUGAAACGCGGGAGACACGUGCGACAACCGCGGAAGCGCCACCUGAAGGGUGGAUUGCGCUCCAAAAUCCGUGACCAAAAAGGAAGACGCGCGUACGCAACCAAAGAUGCACUGCGGCAUAAUAAUUCACCCAAGCGAGCAUAUCCACUUCCCUUUCGCGGGAAGGAGCGCGACCACGUUGCCACAUGACUUAUACGCACUCGCGUUUUCGUACGUGUGUGUGUAUGUCUGUGGGGAAGAAAAAGAAGUAACCAAAAACGUUUUUUAGUAGGGGCGGUCCAUCAUCGCACGCAUCUUCUGUUCUUCUACUCCAUCACCCGCAGUGGCAGAAGAGACCCUUUUGCAGCGUGUGGUGGAGGAGACAGAGAGAGAGAGAGUACGUACGUACGCAACGCAUUCAACAAGUCAUUGAACUCAUUAGGGAACAAGUUCAUCCCGUGGAAGGUUCAUACGCCCGGUUCUCUCCCGUACCCCCGGGGUUGCCGAAGGGGGUGCCGCCCAUGAUGGAUUCGAAACAGGAAAUGGCUCACGUGAGGAGCAUUCUUUCCCGUGGAGGAGGAGAAUAGCUAGACGAAGCGAAGCCGAAUGGAGGAAGCGAAGACGAAGAAGAAUGUAAAAAAUGAAACACACAACGCUAGCGAAA